AUGACUUUUAACAAUUUUGAAGGAUGUAAAACUUUUGUGCCUGCAGACAUCAAUAAAGAUGAAGAAUUUGUAGAAGAAUUCGAUAGAUUAAAAACUUUUGCUAAUUUUCCAAGUAGUAGUCCUGUUUCAGCAUCAACACUGGCACGAGCUGGUUUUCUCUAUACGGGUGAAAGAGACAUUGUGCGGUGCUUUAGUUGUAAUGCAACAGUUGAUAGAUGGCAAUAUGGAGACUCAGCAAUUGGAAGACAUGGGAAGGCAUCCCCAAGUUGCAAAUUUAUCAGUGGCUUUUAUUUGGAAAACAAUGCUGCACAACCUGUAAAUCCUGGUGUCCAAAAUGGUCAGUACAAAGCUGAAAACUAUCCAGGAAACCGAAAUCGUUUUGUUGUAGACAGGCCAUCUGAGACUCAGGCAGACUAUCUUUUGAGAACUGGGCAAGUUGUAGAUUUAUCAGACACCAUAUACCCACGUAAUCCUGAAAUGGGUAGUGAAGAAGCUAGGUUGAAGUCAUUUCAGAACUGGCCAGACUAUGCUCACUUAACCCCAAGAGAGUUAGCUAGGGCUGGACUCUACUACACAGGUAUCGGUGAUCAAGUACAGUGCUUUUGCUGUGGUGGAAAACUGAAAAAUUGGGAACCUUGUGAUCGUGCAUGGUCAGAACACAGGCGACACUUUCCCAAUUGCUUCUUUGUUUUGGGCCGGAAUGUUAAUGCGCGAAGUGAAUUUGAUGUCUUGAGUUCUGAUAGGAAUUUUUCAAAUUCAACAAAUCCUCCAAGAUAUCCAGCCAUGGCAGAUUAUGAAGCACGGAUCAUGACUUUUGGGACGUGGAUAUACUCCGUUAACAAGGAGCAGCUGGCAAGAGCUGGAUUUUAUGCUUUAGGUGACGGAGAUAAAGUAAUGUGCUUUCACUGUGGAGGAGGGCUAACUGAUUGGAAGCACAAUGAAGAUCCUUGGGAACAACAUGCUAAGUGGCAUCCAGGGUGUAAAUAUCUGUUAGAAGAGAAGGGGCAUGAAUAUGUAAACAAUAUUCAUUUAACCCGUUCACUUGAGGAGCCUCUGGCAAAAGCUGCUGAAAAAAUACCAUCAUUAACUAAAAGAAUUGAUGAUACCAUCUUUCAAAAUUCUAUGGUACAAGAAGCUACACAAAUGGGAUUCAGUUUCAAGGACAUUAAGAAAAUAAUGGAGGAAAAAAUUCAGACAUCUGGGAGCAACUAUAAAUCACUUGAUGUUUUGGUUGCAGAUCUAGUGAGUGCUCAGAAAGACAGUACACAAGAUGAAACAAGUCAGACUUCAUUGCAGAAAGAGAUUAGUGCUGAGGAGCAACUAAGACUCCUGCAAGAGGAGAAGCUUUGCAAAAUCUGUAUGGAUAGAAAUACUGCUGUCGUUUUUAUUCCUUGUGGGCAUCUGGUCACUUGUAAGCAAUGUGCUGAAGCAGUUGACAGAUGUCCCAUGUGCUACACGGUCAUUACUUUCAAACAAAAAAUUUUUAUGUCUUAA